UCAUAAAUGUCUGAAAUUAUUCUUUUGAAUAAAAAAUAUAAUUGAAAUGUAAUUAGAUAAAUAUAUUACACCGUUUGGUUCUAUGCAAGCAGUCAAUAAGAUAUUACUAAAACGAUCGCGGCCGUCAGUGUUCGUCUAGGUCCGACUGUGCACCGUUUACAAAACUAGGAAGUAAUGCAGAUGUACAUUUACUUGUUGGAUACAGGUGAUAAUAUCCCAUGAGCGACGAGUGCUCGAAGCCAAGCGUAGAAUUGUUGCUGAGCAGACAAAAUGACGCGCCCCGGUCCCCCGAGCGACAAUCUCCCGACAGUGAAGCUGGUAGUGGUGGGAGACGGUGGCGUGGGCAAGAGUGCCAUCACCAUCCAGUUCUUCCAGAAGCUGUUUGUGACGGACUAUGACCCAACCAUUGAAGACUCUUAUAUACAGCACACUGAAGUGGACGGACAGUGGUGCAUUUUGGACGUGCUGGACACGGCUGGACAGGAGGAGUUCAGCGCGAUGCGGGAGCAGUACAUGCGCAAGGGGGACGGCUUUCUGCUCGUGUACUCCGUGACAGAUGCGCAGAGCUACCAGAACAUCCGCCACUUCCACACGCAGAUUCUGCGCGUCAAGGACAGGGAGACGUACCCGAUGCUGGUGGCGGCCAACAAGGUGGACCUGGUGCACGCGCGCGCAGUCAGCGAGGAGGCGGGCCGCGAGCUGGCGCGUGCGCUCGCCGCUCCCUACAUCGAGACCAGCGCCAAGGAGCCGCCGCUCAACAUCGACGCCGCCUUCCACGAGCUGGUGCGCAUCAUCCGCAAGCACCCGCAGCAGGAGGAGAAGCAGCGACGUCGCCGGCGCGGGCUCGGCCGCUGCGCGCUGCUGUGAGCUCCCCACCGGCCGCAUCAUCAUCAUCUCACCUCACUGUACUCGGCUCAUUGAUACUUCUACUGAGGCGACGUAAGUUGUCAACAUCCGACCAUUUUAGUGACUAAGCGACUUAGACAAUACAAUAUUAUGGAGAUUCGUACAUGGCGGGGAACGCCGACGAUCUUAACAGAGGAUCGCUCACGACCCGUUUCCUGAAAAAUGCGCUGUAAUUUUGGAAAUGGCGCAACAAAUCUGUUUAGUUAAGUGAUAGUCGCUGAGCCGGUACUAACCGAUAACACAACUCGCGUCAACAACUCCACUUUGUGCAGUGGGAGCGCGCGCAGACAUGCUAUAUUACUUUCGAAGGUUUCCGUCGUUUUGUAAAAGAGGGAGACGAGAAACUCCCUGCACAAUAUUCACUAUCGGGACAAAUCAAUAUUCAAUGUUUGAGAUCGAUUCCAAAAUUAUUUUAAUUACAGUUUAUGUUUUGGUCAGAAAUUCCGCACAAAAUUAAUUUGUGGUGCAAUUUACACUUUACAUAAAAUGUAGAUAUAUUCUGUUGUAUGAUGUCAGUCGAGCUUGGCGAGAGACGAGAGAUGGCGCUUCUCAUAACUGUAUGAAAGUUACUGUGUUGUUGUUGAGCACAAAGUUUCAUUUGAAGACUGUUUAAGAACACAAAUAUUAUUGUAAUUUGCACUUUAUAUUUUUGUUAUUAUUUGUUUAUACAAUUAGUUGUAAUAUAAUUGUUUAUAUGUUAGUACAUAAUAUUGUAAAUUAACUGAAUACAUCAAAUUCAAAUCCCUGUCGAUGUUGGAAAUAUAAUAAGCUGUAAGCGAUACCAAAACAAUAAAUACCAAAGAUUACAAAAGAAAUUAAAUGUUUCAGAACGACAACGAUUAUAUUUUGUAGUUGAUAAGAAAAUGUAUGGAAUUGAAAUUAAAUAUAGGGAUAGUAGAUAUGUGGAGGCUCAUUUGAUGUAUAUAUUGGAUAAAUGCAUUUUAAUAUAAAAUUAUAUAACUGUCUGGACACAAUGCGUGAACACUUUCACAAAACGUAUUGUAAUGUUUAGUACAUGUAGUCGGCAAUGUUUAACUGUAUUUUGUAAUCCACAAAGUUCUGUUACGAUUAUUUAUUUAUAAAUUGUACAAGACAAUAUCGCAAAGUUGCUCGUUUAUUUGUAAGACUCCAUGUCGGUAUAUUUACUUGUAAUAUACAAAAUAUUAGUAUUGUCCAUACAUUAUGUAAACUUUUAAUAAAUAUAAUUUCUCCAACGAUAAGAUUCCAAUAACUGUAAGUGUCAUGCAAUCAUUGUUUUUUUCUCGCGGCAGUCUCCUGUCUGUGGCAAUACUUUCAUCUAACAAUUCCCACAAUUUGACUUUGCUAUAAUUCUAGGCAUUUUCUGUAGAAUAAACAAUGUAUUAAGAAGGUUUGUUACAGCGCCAUCUGUUAGUAAUUGCGGAUACUGUAUCGUUAGACUUUGCUUUGAAUUGUCAAACUGCUUGAAAGUACGGUUAAUAUUUCAAAAUGUACUUUCUAAUGGUUGAAAUUCCAGCUUUUUUCCAUUGGAAUAUUCUUAAUUUCUACAAACCAAAGAUGUAAGUUGAAGCCGUUUAGUCUAGUCCUACGUUACUACGCAGGCAGCAGACAGCAGGUAGCAGAGAGCGCACAGGCAGGAGCACGUCGCUCACUUCACUAGAUGUAAGCAUGAAGCAUGUUGGUGUAUAUUGUUGUUAAUGUAUGUUUGUAACACAAUUAAAAUAUGUGUCUAUUGCUUGUUUCAUUUCAUACAAUAAAUGUUGCCGAAACUCAGUCGUAAAUCUAUAAAAAAUAAUUUUAUAAAGGUAAAGUCGUAAAUAAAGCAAAGAUGAGGUGUUGCCGGGACGUGCCGCGCGACGCCGACACGCGCUUAGCCUCCAGCUUCCAGCCUCCGCCGCCACAGAUUAACCUAAUAAUAACAAACGUCCCUCCCCUCUAUUAUCCUCAUCUCCCGCACCUCUGUGUACUUUAUCAUCGUCAAUAAUAAAAAUCCUCCACAAUUUGUAUAAUAAUGUAAAAUUACAUAAAAUUAAUCUUUGUUCAUUGAA